AAGAAGGCCCAAUACUCGCUUCUUGCCGCCAUGCCCGAGGCCUUAACUAUCGACGGCUUCCAAGGCCAAGAGAACGACGUCGUCAUUAUCGUCAUGGGCACAGCCUACCCCUUUCCAGGCCCCGGCUUCACAUCAGACGCGCAGCGCCUCAAUAUCAUAUUAACGAGAUAG